AUCAAAGUUCAUACAGUGUACAGGGCGUUGGCAUCAUUCUUGCGGGACCCAGUGGCCAGCGUACAAUUUUAAUGUUCUCGCACGCCCUGCGUGCUUGGGCUGCUUGUUUUUUGUUCGUUUAAUAACAAUCAAAUCGUCAUACGCAAAAAUGUGGACACGCAAUCCUUCACAGAGACUUGUUUUGUUGUCUACCCUGCUUUUUGUAGUGUUUGGUAGCUGUGCAGGGCAAAAUUUAAACAACACAGCAACGUGGUGUACAACGUCAGACAGCGAACAGAACAAGUGCCUUGAAUUCGCCAGGGCAGUGGACAGUGAGAUAGCAUCCUUCAGAAAUUUCUACAUCUCCAUAAAGUGCAAACAAGCCUUCAACAAGGAUGAGUGCAUGUCCAUGUUGGAUCAAGAGAAGGCGCAGCUCACCACCUUGGAUGCCGGCGAGGUGUUUGUUGGGGGCAGAUAUCACAGUCUGGUGCCUAUAAUGCAGGAGAUCUAUGAGAGUGGGGUCAACUAUCAGUAUGCGGUGGCUGUCGUCAAAAAGGGUAAAUUGCCCGAUGUGCACCAUAUGAGAGAUCUGAGGGGCAAGAAGGCUUGCUUUGCUGGUGUUGGUAUGCUGGCUGGAUGGGUCACACCUAUUUACAAUCUGAUGAAGGAUGGUGGCAUGGAGAUAGUGGAUUGUAACAACCAUGUGAAAUCGACCAUAAAGUUCUUUGGCCCAAGUUGUGCUGUUAAUUCGUUGGUCAACAUCUACAAUCCUCUUGGAGACAAUUCUGAUCAGCUGUGCGAGCUCUGUAUCGGCAAAAUACCUGGUGGCAAGUGCACCAAGGCUGACCCUUACGCUGGCUACGAAGGAGCCUUCAAAUGUCUGGUCGAUGUUGGCGACGUUGCCUUCCUGGUCCAUACCACUGUUGAUGAAAUGACCAGCACUAACUUUGAACUACAUUCCAUCAAAAAAGAAAAGUACGAACUUUUGUGUCGCAACGGAUCUCGCAGGGACAUAAACGAAUACGCCCAUUGCAACUGGGGAGAAAUUCCAUCCAAUGCCAUCGUCGUUUCGUCCGCGACGAAUCAAGAGAAACGUAAACUGUAUCAAAGGUUCCUCGAGGAAGCUGUUAGAAUAUUCGGCAAACACGCAGACCGUAGUGGACAGUCUGACAGCGAGUUUCACAACAAUCGCUCGGAAAAUCGCGAGGACAGAGAUUUCAACGACGAUCAGAACCGCGAUCAUUACAAUUCCUACAACAGACGGGAAAAUUACAACAACUUCUCCACCUCUGGGUUCGAUGACAGAGACAGGAGCACGCAAGAGCCGAAUAUUCAAACGAUCGAAAAGUUUCACCUGUUCGAGUCGGCGCCUCGCUACGGCCGACAACACAAUCUUUUGUUUUCGGAUGUAGCCAAGGACUUUGUGCGCAUCCAAGACUCGGAUCAGAAUUUCUCUGGUUAUCUGAAAAAGUCCUUGGAGAUGAUAUAUGCCGUGAGAAGAUGCCCAGUGAACAGAAUGACUCUGUGCGUCACCUCAGAGCCUGAAUUCGAGAAAUGUACCAAGAUGAAGAUUGCCUUGAAAGCCCAGCUGAUGCAGCCAGAGUUGCUGUGCUUCAAGGGCCAAAGUCACAUUCACUGCAUGCAAGCCAUACAAAACGGUCAAGCCGACGUGACGGUUCUGGACGCGGGUGACGUUUACACGGCUGGCCAGCGAUACGAGCUCAUACCCUUCAUUUCCGAAGUCUACAACUUGGGUUCUCCAGUUUAUUACGCCGUCGCAGUGGCAAAGGUAGAGGACAACAGCACCGAUCUCACGUAUCUCAAGACAAAGAACACCUGUUCUCCCGGUAUCAACACAGCUGCGGGAUGGGUUCACCCGAUGGCUUAUCUACUGUCCAACAGUUGGAUCCGUGGUUAUGGAUGUGACUCGGUUCGCGCCGCGUCCGAGUACUUCUCAAAGUCCUGCGUGCCUGGCGCGCGCAACACCGAGUACAACACUAGGGUGCCCGAUGACAACAUGUGCGACUUGUGCCACGGCACGAAAGAUCGUUACUGCCGACGAGACGCUUCCGAGGAUUAUUACGGCCACACGGGCGCCAUUCGCUGUCUAGUCGAGGGCGGUGGUGACGUUGCCUUUGUUAAACAUACGACAGUUGCCGAGAACACUGACGGCAAACGCCGAGAAUUCUGGGCCCGAAACACCUUCACCACCGACCUUCAGCUUCUCUGUCCGGAUGGAACUCGCAAAUCCACCCUCGAGUACCAUGACUGUAAUCUUGGAAAAAUUGCAGCCAAUGCUGUCGUUACUCGUGGCGGCUAUUACGGGUACAAUGAGACGCAGAUAAAUGCGUACUUGAACCUGUUGAUAUACGCACAGCAGUUUUAUGGUAGAAAGAACAAAGACGAUUUCACGUUUGCAAUGUUCUACAGUCAGCCACCUUACAGCGACCUUAUUUUCCAAGACGCAACGCAACAGUUGGCCGUUAUUCCGCCUGAGAAACGAAAUUACAUUGCCUACCUCGGCGAGGACUUUUUGAGGGCUAGACGUAUCGUGGACUGUACUGCAGGUUCUGCAGUUGAUGUGCCUUCCAUCGUCGGAACUCUGGUUAUGAUGAUGAUGACGCUCGUAUUUGGAAGAUAAAAGAGUUAUUAUUUUGGAGCUUUUUACAAAGUAUGGGGAGAGAUAGUUUUUAUUCGAACGAAAUUUUUUUAUAAACUUGCGGAUCUGAUUGCGAUAAGUUAAAGUAACAAUUUUUGUAUGAAUAAAUAAAAAGUCUGUGAAUAAGGUAUUUUAAGAAUCAUACACUAGUGAUUUGUAAUUUUCAAGAUACUCGGUUUUUUUCAAAUUCAAGUGCCGUAGGUUUCAUUGUUUUUUUUAAUUUUUGCAUAGAUAAGAAUAUCUUAAAAUAUAUAUAUUCAAAGUACAAAAUAUUAAAAAACGUUAUUUAUCAAUUAACGAGAGUAUAACUUGAAAAUUGUCGAUGCAUCUACAAUUUCGUAUGCUUUUUUAAACUUUUUACACCAAAACUUGUAAAACGAUUGCUUGAAUUUCUUCAUAAGUAGAAUCUCACUACUGUACAUAGUUUUUAAAAUAUAAGUAAUUUAGUACCAAGCUCCGCUUUUAAAGCGAAGUUCGCGUAGUUAGAGAGAAUCGCUUAUUAUCGUUAAGAAUAAUAAUAGAAGCGUAUGAAUAAUCUCAAAACUAUUUUUACGACUUUUGCAAAUUUCAGGAUUUCAUACGAAACAUAUUCCGUCCAUUUAAGUGUAAGAAAUUUACACAGUAAAAGAUUAUGUAUUGAAAUGAUCCGUCCAUGCGUAAUAAUUUAUGCUUUUAUAUAUCUCUACGAGUAAUCUAUAACAUAAUUUUUUUUACAUAAAAAAUUUCCGUAACAAAAUAAAAGAUUUGAAAAAAAAUGUAAAAUU